AUGCUUUCAGGCCAUUCGACCACUCCGUCUUCAGGAAUCAAACGUACCAAAACGGCAGUAGGCUCACUAGCCUCUCCUAUCCCUUCCACUGUCUCAGUAUUAGCUGCUCGCAAGGCAGUACAAAGCACCAAGGACUUGGUGGCUGAGCUAAGUCAGAACUUACCUGAACACAUGAGUAUAGACUCGUCUAUUCGGGAACACGAAGAAAGAGUGAAGCGCGAGCAACAAGAUGAAGAGUAUGCGAUGCAGCUGUAUGGUGGAGCAUCAACUAGCACUCCUUACGCGCAACCUGAGCGGAAAAAGCGAAAAUAUGAGCGAAAAAUGAAAAGCCAUGAAACUUCACAGGAAUCGCCCGCAGCGAAUUCCGGACCUGGUCGUUUGAUUCUCCGCAUUCCUCGUGUUGCACCAGUAAAAGAGGAAACCGAUGAAGACCCUCAGCAGAGCUCUUCUCGUCCUAUGUCUUCGUCAGCUUCAUCGCGUCCCACUAGUUCCGCAGCAAUACCGCCAAGCAGCAACAGCGAAGGCAAGGGAAAGGUUGAUUGGCUGGCUAUGCUGCCAUCAUUGGAA